AUCUUCAUUUUCUGCGCUUUCUUCUUCUUCUUCUUCUUGUUUUCGCUUCCUUCCUCCAUUGUUAGGGUUUCUUGCUUUCGAGGGAACGAGAUGGCGCAGGAGGGCGGAGAGUACCAGAACGGGACCGGAGCAGAGAACGGGAGCUCGAAGGGCCCGGUCUUCUCCGCGCUCAGGCCGAAGCUCGUCGUUGAGGCUCCCAAGGCCGCCGACGCCGUCGCCUUCUACAAGGCGGCUUUCGGUGCCGAGGAGGUUGAGCGCUCCAACCACCCGAAGCGGAAGGCUGAUCAGGAGCUCCCUCUCAUUCUCUUCUCCCGUCUCCGUCUCGGCGCCGUGGAGCUGCUCGUCGCCGACGAGACUGAGGAGUCUGGAGCCGGGGCGAAAUCCGUGGAGGCUCUUGGUGGUGCAUCUUUCGUGCUGUGCCUGGAGACCGACGACGUCCAGGCAGCGGUGGCGAGUGCGGUGAAGGCCGGUGCUGUGGUGGCGGAGGAAGUCAGCGGUGAAGGCCGGUGCUGCUGCAGGGGGCACACGACCAAGUUGAAGGACCCGUUCGGCUUCGUCUGGGCUAUCGGAUCUCCGUCGAAGGCUGCUGCUGUCGAGGCUGACGGCCAGGCCUAGGCCAACUCCCCUCUCUCGCCCUCUGUUGAAAGUAUCCGUCGGGGUCGUCUGCCUUCCGACGUUCUUCUUGUGUCAGUCUUUUUUUUUUUCAAUGAACGGUUUAAAAAGUACUAAAAUGGGUCUCUCCGGUGAGGUUCCCUGCCGUCCGGGAUGUUAACCCGUGGCUUCGGGACCUUUUCAGUGGUGGUUUACUGAUUUCCUUGUGUAAAUGUUGCCGGAGCCCUUAUCGGCUGCGUGCUUCUCGGACAGCUACUGAACUUAGAAAAAAAAAAGAGGGGAACGUGGUUCGUUUCAUGCCGUCCAUCUAGCUGAUUAAUGAAAUGGUUCACUACUCGUGGUGUUCUUUUUUAAA